AUGGGCGAAUCAAUGCUGAAAGAGGACCCUUUAUCUAGAAUCCAAAGAGAAAUAAUUGAAGUGACAGAAAGAGAACGAGAAUUUAAGGAAGGACACUUUAGAAUUAAUAGGCUUCUAUCAGAAUCCACAAUUGACAUGACGAAACAAAAUGGCCAUGUCAACGGAAAUGCUGAAAGACCAACAACAUUGAACAGAGCAGUCUCUACAUCGCACCUGCUCGGCCCUAUCGCACCCUCGCCUCCACCUACGCCAACGCUACUUAACACUAAUGGCUACACCCGGCGAUUCACGCCUCAAACUGGCACAAAAGGGAUUAUGCAAAGGUUUAUAGCAAAUAAAGGAAAACUUCCCGUGACAUCACCAGGAGCGACUACGCCUCCUGCUAUAAUCCAGCAACCACUUAUGUUCUCUCCCAAAAUGGAACCAGUUACUUCCCCUGCAAUUAUAAAUCGUACACCAGAAGGCAAACCUGUACGCAAAGGCUACGUACCUGUCGAAGAAAAGAUACAAAAAGAAUUACAGGAGAUGAAAGAUAGAGAACAUGAGUUAAAGAAGAUGCGGAAGAAACAAAAACCUUUCGAUAUAGAACUGAGCGAUAAUGAAACUACAUCAGAAUCUGACGAAGAAGACAUUCCUUUACCCGGCAAAUUGAAACCUACUAAAUCCAUAGGCGAAUUAUAUGAGGCUUUGAAUGAAGAUCUCAGAUCGCCAUCACCUAGAAAUAGUUCUGGCAAUGAAUCUUUGGGCAGUUUGAAGCCAGCUAAAUCGUUGGCCCAAUUGUGUGAACUAGGUCCUGGUCAAGAGUUUCUAGCUCCCAGUUCAACUCGUCUUAUAGCACAGUGGGAAUCCAUAAUCCAACAAAAGCAAGAAGCAGGAGCUGCU